ACUCUCAGUUUUGGUGUUAUAAUCAUUUCAAAGUACAAAAUUUUUCCUUUGUUUAAUCUUACUUUUAAUUUGCUAUUUUAUUUGAAAGGAAUAUAAACGCCUUGUAGAGCGGGGAAAAUUGUUUAUAAAAUAGUGAUGGGCAAUAACCAUUAUGCGGCAAACUCAGAGCAAACUGCGUAAAGAUUGUAGAUUGUAGAAUUUCUUGAUGUGUUGAAGGUUGGAUUGGUGUGAUUGUGAUUUUAUGAGUUAAUUGUGGUUACUGUGUUUUUAAGUGAAUCAGCAAAAACACAAGGCACUCUCAGUGUGUUAAUUUUAGCCUGGAAUAUUGUGAUGCGGUUUGGUGGCCCCUGUCAUGACUUGAAUGGACCUCCAAGAAUCUCGCGGGACGUGGCGUCAUACCAUCCGUUUUUGUGAACCGGUGAUGCCCGGGCGUGGCGCGUGGUGCUCGGCUCCCACGUAGAUGGUCGUCAUCAACCCGGCGCGCGGCCCAGGGGUCUGGCCUCACCAGCCGGCGCCCGACUCCCUCAUCGGCACGGCCACCGACCCCGCCACCAAGAUGGUCUCACGGGCCACCCUCAUCUGUCGGCCCAACUCGCAUCCAUUCCAGGAUCGUCAUCUGACCCUGGAAAAGCCGGAGAAGAUCGGCCGGUCGGUGGCUCGCUCCCGCGCCGCCACCAACAACGCCAUCUUCGACUGCAAGGUGCUCUCCAGGAAUCACGCGCUGCUCUGGUUUGAAAAUGGCAAGUUCUUUCUCCAGGACACGAAGAGCAGCAAUGGCACGUUUGUCAACAGCCAACGGCUCGGCAAGGGCACCGAUGAGUCGCCGCCUCGGGAGCUCUGCUCCGGUGACAUCGUCCAGUUUGGCGUCGAUGUCAUGGAGAACUCGAAAAAAGUGACGCACGGGUGUAUCGUGGCCACACUCAAGCUCUAUCUUCCCGACGGGAAGGAGGCGAAAGCCAGCACCGCGUCGAUACCCCUGAGUCCGGCCAACCCGAUUCAGUCUCAGGAGCUCUACCAGCUGCAGCAGUGCGUCCAGGAAGCCGUCCACCGCGAGCGGGCGGUGGAGAACAAGCUGGCCACGCUGCAGCGGCUGCUGGAUGGCGUGCAGACGGCCACCAACUCCAGCUGGAAGGCGCUCAUCGACGAGGACCGGCUGCUCACCCGACUCGAGAUCCUCGAGGGACAGCACGCGCUAUACUCCAAGAACUUCGGCGAGGAUAAACUGAGGGAGGAAAUUGCGCGGCUACAGGAAGAAAAGAAUGUGUAUCAGAAUGUGGCGAAAGAAAGUCUCAAAAAGGUGCUACAGGAGAAGUUGGAAGCCGUCCGGAAGUUACAAGAGCUAGAAAGGACGGUGAGCUCUGCGCAGGACGAGUGUCGGCGGCAGACCGACCUGCGCGACGCCGCCGGCAGGGAGCUCACGGAGCUAGCCGCCAAGUAUGAGGCCAAACAGAGCGCCGUCGCCGAGCUGGAGACCAAAGUCAAGGAGCUGGAGGAGGAGGCCCUGGCCGCCGAGAUGCGCUGGGAUGUAGAGCGGGCCGGUGCCGAGGCGCGGGCCGCCCAGCAGAGGAUCGAGGAAGCGCAGCAGCGCGCGCGGCUCGAGGUACUGCAGGCAGAGAGCGACUUCACCAAGCAGCAGCUCACCGCGCUCAGACAGAAGAUGCAGAACAAACCGGCCUUGGACACCACGCCAAACGGCGACAUCUCCCUGGGCGACAAGGAGCUCAGUCCGACCUCCACCCCCGGCAGCCCUGCCCUGGGCUCGGGUAUGGAGCAGACCGAGUGCGAGCUCGCGGCCGUGCGGGGUCAGCUCGAGGCAGCCGAGAGCCAGCUGGCGGCCGCGCACCACACCAUCACCCGGCUGAGGGAGGAGGCGGCGCGGGCAGAGGCUGAGACGGCCGCCUUCAAGGAGAGCGCUGCGGCCCUGGAGGCGGAGCUGGCCGCGGCCCGGACCGAGGCGGCGACUCGGAGAGACGAGGCCCAGCGGCUGGAGACCAGUCUGAAGGAGAAACAGGGCGAGCUGGCCAAACUGGAGAAACAGCGGUCGGCGGGAGAUGCCGACAUCAAGGAGACCCAGACGGACAUCAUCCAGCUGAAGAACAAGGUGGACAGCCUGCAGGAACUUCUGGAGGAGGCCCGCACCGCCCGUGCCGACUCCGAGGCCAAGGUGGAGCGGUGUCAGUCCGAGCUGCUGGUGACGCGCAACAACGGCCAGGAGGCCACGCUGCGGGCCGACCACCUGAGGACGCAGCUGAAGGAGACGGAGGCCAGUCUGACGGUGCGCUCGGAGCGGACCGAGCAGCUCCAGCAGACGGUGGUCCGGCUGGCGGCGAGCGUCACGGAGGCCGUCGGGCAGCUACAGAGCUUACAGAACAAGUACGACCACCAGCAGCAGGCGGCCGCCGACGGUCGCGCCCGCGCCGACCUCCUGCAAGAGAGUCUGACGUCUGCUGAGCGGCGCGCCACCGACUCAUCUGCCGAGGCCGAGAGUCUGAGGGCCCAGCUGGCCGAGCUGCGGACGGAGCUGACCACGGUCCGCGCAGAGACAGAGAGGAGACACCGCCAGCUAGAGGAGACGGCAGACCGGCUGCAGCAGCUCGAGCAGCGCUUCAAGGCGUGCGAGGAGGAGCGGGACACAGCUCUGGCGCGCUGUGCCACGCUCGAGACGACCGCUGCCGAGCUGAGCGCCUCCUCGGCACCGGGCGGCGACGCUCCGGAUUCCACCGUGUCCGCGCCGCCCGUGUGCGCCUCCCCUCCCUCGGCCGCCGCCCCGCCCGCAGCCGAGGAGGCUCCCGCCGCCGCCUCGGCCUCGGCAGAGGAUGAUGCGGAGAAGGCGGAGCUGCGGCGGCAGCUGCAGCAUAUGGACGAACAGCUCAAGGAGCUAGCCGUGCAGAACAGAACGAUGGACACCUCCAACGUUAUAGCCGUGGCCGUACUGGUGAUAGCACUCUUCAUCGCACUGGUGGUGCUCAACUCGUAGCCCGCGGCGGCGCCUCUGUCCCCCUCCUCCUUCACUCUGUCCUGUGCGCCGCCGCCUGCCUCUGCCACCGCACAAGUCGCGGUGGUGUGAGAUGAGUGACUGUGUGUGUGAGUGUGUGAAUGUGUGGAGAGUGUGUGUCUGUAUGUCUGUGUACGACUUGUGCGGAUGGUCUGAGGGGCGGCGGAGAAGAUACGACGGUGAUAAGGCAACGGCUUGCAGUGUUCUGCCACUACUGGUGCUGGGCUGGAGUAUCUGUAUGGCCUUCUACGACUGGCUGGCGAGCCUGACGGCUACCCGCGAGCCCUAGCGACCCUCCCGCGCCCUGCACCGACCUUUCUACCGCCGCGCCGCUCAACCCGGCCCCAGUGAGACAGAGAGAGAUAGACUGAGAGCGAGAUUCCGAGUACGUGUAGCGCCGCGGGCCGGCCGCCGGCGCCGCCGCCAUCCUGUGCCAUGGGCAGCAGCGACCAGUACAAAGGACCCGGAGCGACCGGCACAGCUCCGGCCCCGUGGCAGCUGCCCCGCCGCCCCCGCCCCUGCCCCCGCCGCCGCCCGCUGGGGCUCCCGGACAUACCCCACACUGCGCCCAUGUGUCGAGCCGAGAGGCCGGGCACGGUCAGCGCGGCGCAACGGCGGCUGGUGCCUCACUAGAAAUUCACUCUGUCGAUGCGUUGCGUAUUGGGAUAUUUUAUGGCGUUAUGUUUGGUGGCUGUAUCCUGACGGUAAAGUGCUCGUGAUGGUGUGUAGGCGAAUCUGCCGGCCGGUGGUAGGCAUGGAAAGCUGAGUUUAUUUUAUGAUUAGCUUCGCCCCUUCGUCCCCCCCCCCCCUACCUCGCAAUAAUCUUCCAGGACGCCUUUCGAUACCUUUUCUAAUCCCUCCCCCGAUACGGAGUCAGAGACUAGCAUUUUAACGGUGCGAACGCGCGAACAAGCCGGUGCGAGUCAAUGUUGUUGGUGCGAGUGUUUGUGAAAGCUGUGCGAUGAUGAGCUAGCGAAGGACGAAGUUGUCGGCCGACCCGUGACAUUCGUGUUUGAGACAAGUGGCGACGCCGGCCAGCGCCAAAUUCUGAGAUAUAUCUACUUACGCUUGGUAAAAUGUCGCGCAUCUGUUAGCAGACUCGCCCUUUGUAUUAUUUUGUGAUUGAGUUGAGCGAUGCUUUGUGAUAAAAUUGAUGAACGAAUGCAUAUUAUUUCGCGUUUGUUGCCGUGGAGCCGUGGUAAUGCGCGAAACCUGAGAUGAAGAAAGCAGAUUUUACCGCUCCCGGAAAGCGAACGUCACUCUUAUCGUCGUGAGCAAUGUGGUGCAGCAAACGUGCGGACUCCCGCCGCGUUUUAAUCAUACCACCCUUUUGGUACUCGCGUGAUUUAUAACCCAGCGCCUUCGCGGCGGCCGUUCUCCUAGGCUGCGCGUCAACAGUGCCAUUUUCUCCGUACGAUCUCCGAGGAACACAAAAUUUACUGAGUGGAGCGACGGCGCUGCUUAGUGCGACACGGCGGCACGUGCGCGAGAGGAGUGUACGUGCCCGAGGGCAGAGUCUGACGAGCGAGGUGAUUGUUUUGUACGUGCCGUCGCGAGAGCGCCAAGUCUGGCUACCUCAGUAGCCCAGCACGGCUACCUCAGUAGCCUAGCGUGGCUACCUCAGUAGCCGGCCCGAAUCAGCCGAGUGAAAGUGAUGAUCGGUUAAGGCUUGUUGAUUAUUUUAUUUGUUACACUAUGUGAGCUUGUAAAUAUACACUUUCCCAACCACAA